AUGGUCAAUGAAAAAGUAGAAAAACCAAAGGCUGCAAAAGGUACUUUAGUUAGUGGGAAAGUCUGGAAGGUGGAAAAGGCGCCAUUGAGGGUCAAAAGUAGUGUUGUUAAGAAUAAGACGUUGACAUCAUGGGAGCUCAAAAAACAAAAAAGACUGGAGGAUAAACAGUUCAAAGAAAGGUUAACGGCUUUAAAGGAUGAAAAAGAAGAAGCACGUCAAACUAAGAUAACCACUUUAAGGGAAAGAAGAGAAAAGAAGGCAGAAAAUGAAAGAUACGAGCGUUUAUCUGCUAAGAUGCACGCUAAGAAGGUUGAGAGAUUAAGAAGAAGAGAAAAGAGAAACAAGGCGUUGAAAGAACGUUAA